AUGCAUAACGCUCGUUUUCUUAUUCCUGUUCUCGGCUCCGCCUUGGCUGUGUCUGCCCUGGAGCUGUGUCCAACCCCGGUGAUCGUCCAGCCUGUCGUUGUGGUCGAUCACUCUCCGGUUUGGGUCAACAGCUUCUUCCCACAAGACACUUCACUUCUUGUCAGUGGUGUUACUGUCGCCAUUACCAAUUGUCCUACCUCGAUCUCGGGUGUCAUCACCGGGACAAGCAUCAACUCGGCCACUUUGACCAAUGGCGGGCCACCGGCUGCAAGCUACAUCACUCUUACUGGAUACUGUACUGGCUCGCCCAGCGCUGGCUCUAAUCCUCUCACGAUCACAUUCCCUCCCAGCCGACCAGGUGGCGUGGGCACUGUCAUCAUCGAAUACCCUAAACCUGCCUUCACUGGUCCGUACACCACUUUGACUGGCGGGUACGAUGGGACAAGAGCUCAGACUUUGACCCUCGCACCCGCUGGGACCGACACGGUUGGCACAAUCAUCGUCGAAACCCCCAUCACUCGAAGCUCGGGCACCGAUGGUCCCAGACCAGCCUUUACCGGACCGUAUACCACGAUAAGCGGAGGAUACGGUGGAAAGAACCCUAUCACCUUGACGCUUCCCCCAUCGGGAUCUGAUACUAUCGGCACGGUCAUUGUGCAGACACCGGUCACUUCGCCUCCUCCUGCGUUCACAGGGCCCUAUACCACGAUCAGCGGUGGCUACAAUGGACACACCCCUAUCACUAUAACGCUUCCUCCAUCCGGGUCUGGUACUCUUGGGACCGUUGUCGUGCAGACACCGAUCACUACACCUCCCACUUUCACGGGGCCCUAUACUACGAUCAGCGGUGGCUACAAUGGACAAACUCCUAUCACUUUGACGCUUCCCCCAUCCGGGUCCGGUACGCUCGGGACGGUUGUCGUGCAGACACCGAUCACCACGCCCCCUGCUUUCACAGGGCCUUAUAUCACGAUCACGGGCGGUGGAUACUCGGGCUCAGUACCAAUCAGUCUGACUUUGCCUCCAUCAGGCACUGGUACAGUCGGAACGGUGAUCAUCGAGACCCCUUUCACGACAGCUCCCUCAUUCACCGGUCCGUACACCACGAUCACUGGAGGAUAUAGCGGGUCGAUCCCGAUCACUAUGACAUUGCCCCCGUCGGGCAGCGGGUCGAUUGGAACUGUCGUCGUUCAGACGCCAGUUACUACGCCCCCGUCAUUUACGGGUCCGUACACGACGAUCAGCGGGGGUUACAGCGGGUCGAUUCCGAUCACUCUGACGUUGCCCCCGUCAGGCAGCGGCUCAGUUGGAACUGUCGUCGUUCAAACCCCUUUUACGGCAGCUCCAUCAUUUACGGGCCCGUACACAACGAUUAGUGGGGGGUACAGCGGGUCAACCGCAAUUACUCUGACAUUGCCCCCGUCGGGCACCGGCUCAGUUGGAACUGUCGUCGUUCAGACGCCCGCCACUUCGCCUCCAUCGUUCACAGGGCCCUACACGACAAUUAGCGGGGGGUACGGCGGGACUACGGCCAUCACGCUCACUAUUCCGCCGACUGGUACGGGUACGGUUGGUACCGUCGUCGUUCAGACCCCGACGUCGGCUGUGGGCACACAGAGUCCCAGCAAUGGCGGCGUGUCAUCCGCUGGCUCAACCACAUCUCCCGCCUCUUCGGCACCCAGCACGGGCAGCUCUUCUUCAGACAUCAACUCGAGCACAGCCCAGUCUACUACAGCUCCGUCGAGUGCAGGGAGUCAGACAUCCACUGGCUCAACCAUACCUUCGGCCUCUUCAGAACCCAGCACGGGCAGCUCUUCUUCAGACAUUAACUCGAGCACAGCCCAGUCAACGACGGCUGCGUCAAGCUCCGGGAGUCAGACAUCCGCUUCUCAGAGCACAGCCACAACAACGGGUGGUUCAAUCAACACCGACACAACAACGGGUGGUUUGACCAACACCGCCGGCGCCCAGACCACAACAAGCGAAUCUGUCUCGGGGACGACGACUUCCACUGCCACGGCCAGUGGCUCCAACACGGAUACCACUCCUGCUACAUCCCCUAGUGAUUCUAAUACCGGGUCUAAUCCAGAAACUAGCACUGGCAAUACUGAGUCAACGGCCCAAGCAACUACUACCGAGGCGACUAGCAGUCAGGCAACUGGGAGUGCGGGCAGUCAAACGGCUUCUAGUGUUUCCAACACUCAGGCAACUGCUACUACGAAUGAAUCUAGUCCCAGUGUCGGGCCCAGCAGUUCUUCGACUUCCAGCACAGGCAGCUCUUCUUCAGACAUAAACUCGAACACGGCCCAGUCUACUACAGCUUCAUCGAGUGAGGGGAGUCAGACAUCCACUGGCUCAACCACACCUUCAGCCUCUUCAGCACUUAGCACGGGCGAAAAUACGUCGGGAAGCACGACAUCAGUCGCUCCCUCGCUUUCAUCAACAUCGGAUACAAGUGUCGUCGGGUCUAGCAGUGCUUCGACUUCCAGCACGGGCAGCUCUUCUUCAGACAUCAACUCGAACACAGUCCAGUCGCCGACGACUGCGUCGAGCUCGGGGAGCCAGACAUCCGGUCAGCCCAAUAGUCAGUCAACCGCUGCUCAGAGCACAGACACCACAAGCGAAUCAGCCUCGGGGACGACGACUUCCACUGCCGAGCUCACGACCAGUAGCUCGGAUACCGCUGCGAGUGCUACGAGUACCGGCUCUAAUUCAGAAAGUAGCACCGGGUCCAAUACUGCGACCGAGGGGUCGAGCAGCCAGACAAGUGCUGGGACCACUACCGCAGAGUCGAGCACUCAGGCUAGUACUGGGACGACUGCCACGGAGUCCAGCAUUCAGACAAGUGCCGGAACCACUACCGCUGAGUCGAGCACUCAGGCAAGUACUGGGACCACUACCGAGGGGGGCAGCCAGACAAACACUGGUGCCAGCAGUUCCCCGGUUAGCACCACGGAGGAUAAUACAAACACGCAAAGUACUGCUAGCAACCCACCGGCCACAAGCAGCACAGAGAGUACCAACGAGUCUUCAACUCAGACACCCGGUGGAUCCAACACUGCCACGGCUCCAACAACUGCGACCGAGGAGACUAGUAGUCAGACAACUCCGAGCAGCUCUGCAGCCAGUAGCACCGAGAGCACAACCAAUGAUAGUGUUUCCAACACUCAGGCAACGGCAACUACGAAUGAAUCUAAUUCAAGUAUUCAGACAACUUCGUCUGGAUCCGAUACCGUUUCAACCGCCCAAACAACAUCUACGGAGAGCAGCCAGACUACUGCCACGAGUACCCCGGCUAGCACCGCGGAGAGUACUUCCGGCGAGUCUUCAACAACUCAGACAGAUACCAACGAGUCUUCAACUCAGACAACUACCAGCAGUUCGUCGGCUGGCAACACCGAUAGUGCCACCAGCGGUCCUAUUACCAGCACGCAGGGUACUAGUGCUAGCCAAACAUCUACGAGCGAAUCCUCCACACCGACACAGACAACUCCCAGCCCACAGACUACGACAAGCACGGAGGGCCCGACGACCUGCUUCGUGACACAGGUGACAACCCCAACAGCACAAGCCUGUGCCGCCACCCUGCCCCAAGCCUGCUCGUCCCUCUCUUCCGCCUCGGGUUUCGCUCUAAUUCCCCUCGUGCCACUGUGCACGGUCGCACUGGGCCCUUUCGCCAUCGGCAACGUCGCCACCUGCCUGUCCGUGAGCAACAUUGGUUUUACCACCGCCGGUACGACCAUCGUGAACUGCCUCCGCAAUGCGCUCCAGGCCACCUGCAUCUCGUCGCUGCCUGAGGCCUGCUCGAACCUCCAGAAUGAGAACGGCCUCGCCCUGAUUGCUGACGUGCCCCAAUGCGUGGUCGCGCUGGGCCCCUUUGCUGUCGGCAGCGCGCUCGUCUGUCUGUCCACGACGAGCAUCGUCUCCAGCACGACCGGCCUCAGCAUCGUCACCUGCCUGAACCAGGCGCUAGCACUGACCGGGACGCCGACCACUACCGUCAUCCCGACAGCCUGCGCCCCGUCCCCUACAGCUUCUGCAGGCUGCACCGUGACCCUGCCGCCCAACUGCGCCAGCCUCGCGUCGAUAAACGGCCUCGGCCUCCUCAUCGACGCGCCGCUCUGCCUCGCGGCGCUCGGCGUCUACGGCGUCGGCAACGCGGCGACGUGCCUGGCGAGUAACCUCAUCUCGUUUUCCACGACAGGCACGUCCAUUGUCGACUGCCUCUUCACCGCGCUCGAGGCGUCGUGCCCGAAGGCCCUGCCCUCGGCGUGCGCGGCCAUGCAGGACAGCAAUGGCUCCGCGGCGCUGCUAAUCCAGAUUCCGCUCUGCGUCGUGGCGCUGGGCCCGUUCGCGGCCGGCAACGCGCUCACUUGCCUGGCGACGAACACGCUGACGCAGGAUACUACUGGCUCCUCGAUUGUGAACUGCCUUGAAAGCGCAUUGGGAAUUGUCGGGACAGUCCUCCCGGCCUAG